AUGAGCAAGUAUCGCGUCUUGUGUUUGCACGGCUAUCGUCAAAACGCCUUAAAGCUACGCGGUCGCAUUGCUGCACUACGUCGAACGUUCCGAUCUAGCGUUGAAUUUGUAUGCCUCGAUGCUCCUUUUGAAGUACCAUAUGACCCGACCUCAGACACACACGCCAGCAACGGAGAAACAGGCGAAAAUGUCAAACAGCUGAAAUGGUGCAGCUUUACACUCGACGAAAAGACUGGACACUAUCUACUGUCACAAACGGAAGAAGCAAUUGAAUAUGUCGCAAAAUUUGUCACGAAUGAAGGACCAUUUGAUGGUAUCUUUGGGUUCAGUCAGGGUGGUACAAUGGCAUCGUUGAUAUUACAGAGACAAGUCAGCAAUUUGGAGUCACGUUUUUCAUUCCACUUUGCCAUCUUCGUGUCAGCUGGUGCGAUUGACGAUCCCAACUACAUAAGUGAUGUAAAAGUGAAUAUGCCAUCUCUGCACGUGAUUGGUGAAACAGAUGCCGUGGUAGCUAAAGCAAGAAGUCUUGCGCUCAAAAAUCUCUUUGUAGAUCCAAAAGUAUUGUUACAUCCUGGUGGUCAUUACAUCCCAACGAACAAAGAGCCCAAGGAAGCAUUUCGAGCUUUCUUCCAUGAAAUUCGUGAAACUAAUGAUACACAAUAA